UUCAUCAGCUCAUCACACAAUAUUUGCUAUCUAUACUAGUUACACCAUCUUAACUAGUACUACUAUUCCAUCUCUAUGGCUUCUUCUUCUUCUUUAUCCAUGACCAUACUGAGUUUGGCUCUCCUCAUGAUCGUCAUGGGGAAUGCCAGUGCUCAACUUUCAACUAAUUUUUACUCAAAAACUUGCCCAAAACUCUUCCCCACAGUCAAAUCCAAGGUGCACUCUGCUAUUUCCAAAGAGAGCCGAAUGGGUGCCUCUCUUCUCCGCUUGUUCUUCCACGAUUGCUUUGUCAAUGGAUGUGAUGGAUCAGUGCUCCUGGACGAUACAUCUAACUUCGUGGGAGAGAAAACUGCCAAUGCUAAUCGGAACUCAGCAAGAGGUUUCGAUGUCGUUGACGACAUCAAGUCUGCAGUCGAGAGUGUGUGCCCUGGUGUCGUUUCAUGUGCAGACAUAUUGGCUAUUACUGCAAGAGACUCUGUUACCAUUCUUGGGGGUCCGAGUUGGGAUGUAAAACUAGGAAGAAGGGAUGCCAGAACUACUAGCAAAGCUGCUGCAAACAAUGGCAUUCCUCAGCAAACCUCCAACUUAAACAGGCUCAGCUCAAGAUUCAAUGCUCUUGGCCUCUCCAACACCGACUUGGUUGCUCUAUCCGGAGCUCACACAAUCGGACAAGCAAGAUGCACAUCUUUCAGGUCCCGCAUAUACAACGAGACCAACAUUGACAGUUCCUUCGCCCAAACAAGGAGAUCCAAGUGCCCUAAGUCCAGUGGCUCAGGAGACAACAAUUUGGCACCACUUGAUCUCCAAAGCCCUACAGCCUUUGACAACAGCUAUUUCAAAAACCUUAUCCAGAAGAAGGGACUCCUCCACUCCGAUCAAGAACUAUUCAACGGUGGAUCAACCGAUUCCACUGUCCGCUCCUACAGCUACGGCCAGAGCAGCUUCUUUUCUGACUUCGCCUCCGCCAUGGGCAAGAUGGGAGACAUCAGCCCCCUCACUGGAUCCAAGGGCGAAAUCAGAAAGAAUUGCAGAAGGGCCAAUUAGAAAAAUGAUAUGAUUAAGCUUCUCUGCUAAUCAACGUUGUGUGUUUUGCUUUAAACCCAAUAAACUAUUGUGUGAUGUUCUUUUUUAUAUUUUCCUUCUGAAGAAUUAUUAUUUAGAAGUUUGAAAUAGGAUUUUGGAUUUGAAAAAAAAUGUAAUCACAUAUGUCACAUGACACGUGUCUCCAAUAUUGAUCUAUAUGUAGCUCUUGUUUUGUUAUUUUCAUUGAACCACAUUCUAUUUAUAUAUAUGUGUUAGUUUCU